GAAAAACAGUCGCGGUGUGGCAACUGAAUGAAGAGGCACAUCGCACAAUGCGGUCGCAGUUAAAGAUUUCGUAAGGCUUAAACAAUUUUUGGCAAAUGUCAUUGCUUGUGGUGCGGAAUGUUUCGGAAUGUGCUGUGUUUGGUGCUGGGCCUGAUUGUGGGCAUGCAGCUGACCGAGCUGUGGGACUAUCUGAUGCUCACCGGUGACGAAUACGAGAGCACCGCGAUUGCUGUGGACACAGCCGCGCCCACGCCGCUGGCGAAGGCAACGCUGGCGGAUCGGCUUUACCAUGAGACGCGCGUGCUGUGCCUGGUGCUGACCAUGCCAACGCAGCAUACGACUAAAGCAGCCAAGGUGAUGUCCACAUGGGGCUCACGCUGCAACAAGCUGAUCUUCUUGAGCAGCCAAGACGAUGUCGAAUUGGGCGCUGUGAAUCUCAAUGUGACGGAGAGUCGUGACAAUCUGUAUGCGAAGGUGCGUGCGGGUCUGGCCUACGCCUAUGAACAUUACGUGGAGGAUUACGACUGGUUUCUCAAGGCGGACGACGACACUUAUGUGGUUAUGGAGAAUCUGAGACUGUUUCUCUAUCCAUACGAUCCGGAGGCAGCCGUUUUCUUUGGUCAUCGAUUUCGCACAACCUAUCCUCAUGGCUACAUGUCUGGCGGUGCUGGCUAUGUGCUCAGCCGCGAUGCACUGCGUCGCCUGAAUCUGUUUGCUCUGAACAAUACAAAGUUCUGUCCUCUUAAUACCAAUGCGGAGGAUAGACAAAUUGGACACUGCUUGCUGAAUGUGGGCGUGGUAGCUGGUGACUCUAGAGAUGAGCUGGGCCGUGAGCGCUUCCUGCCACUGCAUCCCAGGCAUCUGAUGCCCCAAAUACAGUCUGGUACUUGGCUGGAUGGAUACUAUUACUUCAAGCCGAAUUUGAGCGAUUGCUGUUCCGAUUCGGGCAUCAGUUUUCAUUAUACCAAGAUGUAUGACUAUGAUAUGUAUGAGUUUUUUCUAUAUCAUCUGCGAAUCUUUAGUCUUCCGAAAUCGCCGAGUGUGCUGCCCCAACGCUUGGACUAUAAACAGAUGGAGGAAAAGCUGCAAUAUUGGGAUCAACAAAUAUCUGACAAUACUGCGCCGAUCGAGGAUUAA